GCGGAGAGAAUGAGACAGUCUGGCUUUUAUGUUCUUUUCAGAUCAAUUGGUAUCACAGAGGAGAAAGCCGAGUAUCCUCGGGUGAUAUUUAUCUAGUCUGAAGAUGCUUUUAGUCGACCAGCGCUGAUACUUGGAAUGAAGGACAUUUUUGGAUGCUACUGAAGGGAUUUUGACUGAGUGAUUAUCUUUCCAAAAUUCAUAAUGGAGAUGAAAAAGGAGGCACUGAUUCCUCUUUUUCUUUUUUGUUUCAUCAACCAUGUUUCAGGAGCAAUCAUCCCUCCACCUAAAAAACUUGAAGUCCAUAUUUCAGAUGGGGUGGUUACGGUUUUGUGGGAACAUCCUGAGGACGCCCCACCAGAAGCAGUGUAUAACGUUCAGAUGCGAACGCAUAAUCAAUGGGAGAAUGUACCAAACUGCAUGGGAGUCCGAAUAAACUACUGCCUCAUUAGCAAUAUAUCUAACUAUUUGCCAAAGUACCAAGUCAAAGUUCAACUGGUCAAAGGAUUGCAAAAGUCUGAUUGGGAAGUUAGUAAGAAAUUUCUUAUCAAUGAAGGUGAAUUGCUACCACCCUCCUUCACUUUGUGGGCUACAUCCAGCAAACUUACAGUUUAUGUUCAUGAAAAACCCAUCUUAAGAAAAGUCUUCCCAUUUGGAGUUGCCUACACUUUAUAUCUCGAGGAAAUUGGUGAAGUAAACAAGACUACCACAGUUUAUCUAAAGGAUGAUGAGGGAAAAGCUAUGAGGACAAAGACUUUCUCAUCUCUCCACUGGGGAAGAAUGUACUGUGUCAGCGGGAAAGUUGAAGGCAAUGGUGGCCUCAACUCCAGCCCUGUGUCUGAAAAACAGUGUUUGUUUCUCCCAGAGCAAGAAUUUUAUAUCAUUGCUGCAUCAUCCUUAUCUAUUCUGGGGAUCAUGGCCUUUGCUAUUGUUAUUACCAGCAUUGUGUUGUGCUACCUGAAACGCCCUGCAAAAACACCCGUGGCUUUGAAAUCACCAGUAAGUGGCUGGAUGCCACUCUCUGUUGCAGAAGGGACCAUGGAGGUGGUCACAGACAAAGCAUGGUUUCUUUCCAGUUACAAAAUCAAUACCAAACCUAUAAACCUCCCUGAAACCACCAUCACAAUAACAGACAAUGGUGAGGAGGAGAACAGAAGGACUAGCUUGGACAGCGGCGUCAGCGUAGAAACAGACCCUGCAGCGAAAAGAGGACAAUGUCCUGCAAGACAAGAGGACAGUGGUUGUGGAAGCAUGGGAGGACCAGAGAGCUCUUCCAACAGUCACACGGAUUAUCCUUUGCAAGAUGAGAGCAUGGAAGCAGAUGAUAUCAGAAAGACAGAAGACAGCGGGAUGGGGUUGAGCUGCCAGAUGCAUUCUUCUUCCUUGAACCUUUAUGGUCAGGACACAGAAACUCUUGUGGAGACUGUCAUUGUGGGAAAUUACCGGACCCAGAGCCCAUCUGAGAUCCAGAUCCAAAGCAGAGAUAGUGAGGACAUGUUAAAACAGAUCCCUGCACACACAGUUUUAGCGGAAGUGGUAGCGGGAUAUAAAGCCGGGCCUCAGUCCUGUAUAUGUUCAGAAACAGGCCAAUGCACUUGGUGCCUUAGACAUGGCCUUUACAGACCUGAAGAAACCAAACUAUGCAGAACUGUUUUUAUGGAGGAUUUGUUGAUUGACAGAAAAAGCGAAAUGGUGGACUCAACCACAGCUGUUAAAACACACAUGGACUCUGUCAUAAACUUCGAAACAACAUUAUUACAACUAUCUGAGGCCUUUCCUUUGCUUACAUCAACAUUCGAAAAGGACAGCAAUAUGAACAUUUCCCUUUCUCUUUGUGACGUGGAACUGACAACUGACUAAUAUCCAGUGGAAUGAAACACUAUUUAUAAACGCCUUCUGAAGGAGCCUGACGUACGCACAAGUCAGCCUCAAAAACAGAGGCCAUGGUUGUUGCGAAAUACUUCAGUGUUUCAGCUGGCAGGUAGAACAGAUACUGGACACAGUUCCAGACUGUUAACCGUCUCUGAUGCCAGGGAACCUUGUUGAUUGAAGACGUUCGUCAAAACCUUCCUCUUUGGGUACAUUAUAAACUGACUUAAUAGCACUUGCAGGAAAUGAAACCUGAUGAGCAACUCAGUGAAGUAACAGUUUGACAGUUAACCGCUUUGGCAUUUGAUGAUUUUAACUCCCCCAACAAUGAUGCUUGGUGUGAGUUAGAUUACUAUAAACACAGAGUGCAGUUUUUUUUUUUUUUUUUCAAAAGCGUCUGUUUUCUUUGGAAUCGAGAC